AUGCAAUUAUUAAAAUUGGAUGCAUAUUUUGAUCCUGCUGGCUUUCUUGCAUUAAGUGAUCCAGAAAAGUGUUUCAUCGAGCAAAAUAUUAAAAGUUUGUUAGCUAAUGAAACUUGUAAAUUAACACAUUCGGUAACUGCUACAUUAGAUAGUAGUGCGACCACAGCGAACACAUCAGUAAAAUUAAACUUACAUGAAAAAUCUAAUAGAAGUGCUAUGGAUGUGUUCAAUGAAUCAGUUGGUGAAUUCACACAUGAAGAACAACCACGUAAUUCGAAUAAAAAAUAA